AUACAAAUUGUAUAUAUACACACACACAAAUUACCCCACAAGAAAUAGGUUUAGAGCUAGAACAUACACAGUAUAUAUUAUUAAUCUGAAAACUACUUGCAAAUUCAAAAAUGGCGGGUGGAGUUUAUAUUGAUCAAGGUCAAGCAAGGCAUUAUGACGGCAACGUGACGGCAUUCGUGCUCGUUACGUGCUUCGUGGCGGCCAUGGGAGGUCUUCUGUUUGGUUAUGAUCUUGGAAUUACAGGAGGAGUGACGUCCAUGGAGCCAUUCUUGGCCAAGUUUUUCCCAUCGGUGUAUAGACAAAUGAAAGCUGGCUUGCAUGAGAACAAGCAUGAGAACACGUAUUGUAAAUUCGAUAACGAGAUCCUUACAUUGUUCACAUCCUCAUUGUACAUUGCAGCAUUGGUUGCUUCUUUCUUUGCUUCUGCCACUACAAGAAUCCUAGGACGUAAACCUUCAAUGUUCUCAGGUGGAUUGUUUUUUCUUGCCGGUGCUCUGUUGAAUGGCUUCGCAGUAAACAUUGCAAUGCUUAUCAUUGGCCGUGUUUUGCUUGGCUUUGGUGUGGGAUACUGUAAUCAAUCUGUUCCGGUGUACUUAUCUGAAAUGGCUCCGGCAAAGAUUAGAGGGGCACUGAACAUGGGAUUCCAAAUGAUGAUAACAAUUGGUAUUUUGAUCGCAAACCUUAUAAACUACGGCACUGCAAAGUACAAACACGGAUGGAGGAUUUCGUUAGGUCUAGGAGCAGUGCCUGCAUUUUUGCUGUGUUUAGGAUCACUGUUCUUGAGCGACACACCAAACUCCAUGAUUGAAAGAGGCAAACACGAAGAAGCCAAAGCAAUGCUGAUCAAGAUUCGAGGAACAGAGAACGUGGACGACGAGCUUCAAGAUCUGAUUGAUGCGAGUGAAGAAGCUAAGCUAGUAGAACAUCCAUGGAAGAACAUAUCACAACCUAAAUAUAGACCUCAAAUUACUUUUUGCUCUUGUAUUCCAUUUUUCCAGCAACUAACAGGCAUCAAUGUGAUCAUGUUCUAUGCACCAGUUCUGUUUAAGACUCUUGGAUUUGGUGCUCAAGCUUCACUCAUGUCAGCAGUUAUUACUGGUGUUGUCAAUGUCGGAGCCACGUUUGUUUCUAUACUCACUGUUGAUAAGUUUGGAAGAAGGAUUUUGUUCCUUGAAGGUGGCGUCCAAAUGCUUGUUUGCCAGGUUGCAGUUGGAGUGAUGAUAGCUUUGAAGUUUGGAGUGAGUGGUCAAGGUUCAUUUAGCAAAGUAGAGGCUGAUGUUCUUCUAGUCUUAAUAUGCGCAUAUGUUGCAGCAUAUGCUUGGUCUUGGGGACCUUUGGGUUGGUUAGUGCCAAGUGAAAUCUGCCCUCUCGAAAUCCGAUCGGCCGGCCAAGCCGUGAACGUCGCUGUCAACAUGUUCUUCACCUUCAUCAUUGCUCAGAUCUUCCUCCUCAUGCUUUGCCACUUGAAGUUUGGUCUCUUCUUCUUCUUCGCUGGCUUUGUCCUCAUCAUGACCAUUUUUGUUGCUCUGCUCCUCCCAGAGACCAAGAACGUGCCCAUUGAAGAAAUGCACCUUGUUUGGAAGUCACAUUGGUUUUGGGGCAAGAUUGUUCCCGCCAGUAGUCGCAUGGCUUCACCUAAUGUUCUUGGCUACAAUAACCGCAAGCCUUGAAGUUGAUUUCAAAAAAAAAAAAACAUAAGAAGAAAGAUUAUAUAAUUAACAUACACUGAUGAAUCAUAAGUGUGAGAAGAAUCAGGAGACGUGGAUAUAGAUGUGACUUGAUCUUUUUCAAAGUUCAUACAUCUAUCUUUCGCAAAUAAUAAGUUUGCUUUUAUGUGUAUAGAGUUGUAUAUGAUUCAUGAAAAUUACUUGUGUAUAUUCUUCAAUAAACUUGUACACAAAACGUAAGUUUCAUCAUAGAAAUACAAGCAAGUCGUGU